AUGGCCGGCGUAGGCGAAGGCCACGUUACCCAGGCCGCUGAAGAAGUCGAACACAGCACCGCCGGUGGUCUCCGCCCUGUAUCCGUAGUUCACCUCCGGCUGCCUCCCCCUCGCCGCCGCCGCCCCCCACGCCACCGUCGAGUACCUGCAAGAAGAGAGAGAGAGAGAGAGAGAGAAAUGCUUCAGAAUAGUGGUGAUUACAUGUAGGGUUUUGGAGAAAGAGGGAGGGAGAGAGAGGCUUCAGAAUAGUUGAGUUCAGGGUUACGGUUUUUGUUGGGGGGGAGAGAAAGAGAGAGAGAGGGAGAGAGAAGAGACCCGAGGGACAUGAGGGCGGCGGCGACGGAGACGAUGGUGAUGGAGUUGAAGUCGGGGAGUUGGGAGAGGAGGAACUGGAGAGAGGCGAAGAUGGCGAUGUAGUAGCUGGUUCUCAUGCUCUGUCCUUCUCUUCUGACGGUGUCGUGGAACUUCUUCAGGGACUUGCCGCCGGUGACCAUGUAGACGAUGUUGACCCCGAUCUCCACCACCAGCUGCUGCGGCACCACGAUCCACAGCCCGAGCUUCUCCCCAAACGCGUGCUGCCCUAGCUCGUGGUACCUGUCAAACCUCUUCCCUGGCACCAUCUCGUGCAUCUCCACCAUCUGCCACAGCGUGUACAGGGUCACGACCCAGGAGACCACCAGCACCGCCAUCCCCGGCCCCCUGUUCAUUCAUCUUCAUUUUCUUUCAAUCAAUCUAGAGAGAGACAGAGAGAGAGAUUUGAAUGUGGCUGAGGAUUACCAGCCGAGCUCGGCCAUGGCGUAGGGGAGGCUGAGGACGCCGGCGCCGACCAUGGCGGUGACGUUGUGGAAGGCGGAGUACCACCACUUGCCUUUCCGGGAGGACGUGAUGGGGAGCCAGUCGUCGGCGGCGGUCCGCUCCGUCGCCGUCGUCGAGUCUCCAGUCGGCGCCAUGAUGUCAAUUUAGGGUUUCCGCAGAGGAAAAAGCGUGGGGGAGAAGGAGGAGAAGGAGGAGGAAUGGGAGGAGGAGGAAGGGGAGGAGAAGGAGGAGGAAGGGGAGGAGAAGAAGGACAAGGAGGAGGAUGACAAGAAGGAGGAGAAGGAGAAGAAGAAGUAG